AUGUACCACAUCACGGACGGUUGUGCUAUCAGUGAAGAAACACCGUUGAAGCACGACGAACGAAGCAUUAGGCGACAGCAGCGAACAGAAGCAUCGUACCGACAUCUUGACCCAGCAGUGAUAGUGCAUUACGCGCGUAGUUCAAGUGAUAAUUCGUGCUCGAACGACAGUAACUGUAGCAACUGCACGACGUACCUUAGCAGCGAACAGCAACCCAUCGUAGGAAGCAACCGUGGUGGUACAGCAAACGUCAGCUCCAACAUCACCAUGGACGACACGAAGAAGGUGCUGCUGAAAGUUGGCUUCGAUUUUCUCAUCCUUUGCUGUGUUGGGUUUCCAAUCCUAAUCUUCUUCCUGGUCGGUGAUCCGUUCAAGCGUGGAUUUUUCUGUGACGAUGAAUCACUGAUGCACCCGUUCCAUGAUUCAACCGUUACGAACUGGAUGCUGUACAUCAUCGGUAUCUUACUGCCUGUAAUUGUGAUAAUAAUCACGGAACUGUUCAGAGCAAGGGCUAAAAAGUCACCCGAGACACAAUCGCUCAAGGUAUGGAACACGGACAUUCCCUUCUGGGUCGUGCAGUCGUACAAGUCGGUCGGCAUGUUUGGAUUCGGUGCGGCCGUUAGUCAGCUGUUGACGGACGUCGGCAAAUACACGAUAGGUCGCCUACGGCCACAUUUCUUUGACGUCUGCAAACCACGGAUGCCCGACGGAACCACUUGUGCCGAUACGAUCAAUCAAGGACGAUAUGUAACGGACUUCACAUGCACCAGCGAGAAAUCGUCUGCCCGCAUGCUGAAGGAAAUGCGCCUGUCAUUCCCGAGUGGACAUUCCAGUUUCUCGAUGUACACGCUUGUUUUCUGUGCUAUCUUUCUGCAAGCCCGCAUGAACUGGCGCGGUUCGAAGCUGCUGAAACACUUUUUCCAGUUCCUGCUGAUCCUGCUCGCCUGGUACACCUGUUUGAGCCGCAUUUCCGACUACAAGCAUCACUGGUCGGAUGUGCUGGCUGGGGGCGUACUCGGGGCAACGGUAGCGAUCGUCGUGUCGAACUUCUGCACCGACCUGUUCGGUGUGGCACGCAAGCGUAUGCUGAUGGGCUCAACUUUACCGCAGACACGGUACGAACUUAGCCCCAACCAUACGCACGGGAAUGGCAACUAA